AUGAAGAAACAACAUUUUGUUUUUGAUAGUAGAGUACUUGGAGCAAAGAUGAAUCAGCUGCCGUUUAUGGGAGUUGUCUGUACAGUGAUGUUGUUCAUUAUAUAUAGGACCACAAAGUAUCAAUAUCAACAAACAGAGAUGGAAUCAAGAUUGUACCCCUUUUACACAUCAAAGGACUCAGGAGUGGAUUCUAGAAGUUUAGAUAGCUUGCCUCAUGGCAUCAUCGAAGCAAGGACAGACCUGGAGCUAAAGCCUUUGUGGACAGCAAGCAGCUCCAGGUCAAAGGCCAGUGCACAUAGGUCUUGUAAUUUGCUAGCAAUGCCUGUUGGAAUUAAGCAAAAGAAGAACGUAGAUACUGUUGUUCGAAAGUUUCUUUCAAAAAAUUUCACAAUAAUUUUGUUUCACUACGAUGGCAACUUGGAUGGGUGGUGGGACCUGGGGUGGAGUACAAGAGCCGUACAUAUAGUUGCUCACAACCAAACAAAGUGGUGGUUUGCCAAACGCUUCUUGCAUCCAGCAGUUGUUUCUAUUUAUGAUUAUAUAUUCUUGUGGGAUGAAGAUUUGGGGGUGAACCAUUUCCACCCUGGAAGGUAUUUGGAUAUUGUGAAAUCAGAAGGACUUGAAAUAUCUCAGCCAGCUUUGGACCCAAAUUCAACCGGUAUACAUCACAGAAUCACAGUAAGAAAUAGAGUGAAAAAAUUCCAUAGCAGAAGAGUGUAUGAUGACAGAGGUAGUAUAAGGUGCUCAGAUGACAGUGAGGGGCCGCCAUGCAGUGGUUUUGUGGAAGGUAUGGCUCCAGUAUUUUCAAGAUCGGCAUGGCAUUGUGCCUGGCAUUUAAUCCAGAAUGAUCUCGUUCAUGGAUGGGGAAUGGACAUGAAACUUGGCUAUUGUGCACAGGGGGAUCGCACAAAAAAAGUGGGAGUAGUUGAUAGCGAAUAUGUUGUUCAUCAGAGUAUACAAACAUUGGGUGGGGCAUCUGCUACAAAGGUACCGAAUCGUGAAGAGACUGCUAAGAGUCACGUCAUUGAUGUCAGAACAGAGAUCAGAAGGCAGUCAUCAAUAGAACUGAAAAAGUUCAAGGAACGAUGGGAAAGAGCGGUUAAGGAGGAUAAAAAUUGGGUGGAUCCAUUCCCGAAAACCUGGAGACGCAAGAUUUGGCCUAACCGUAGGCGUCAUUCUAAGGAUUAA